GUUUAUUUAGUUCGGUUAUUUUAUUGAUAAUUACCAAUCUCUAGUUUCGAGUUGAGUUAUUUAUCGAACCACAUAGGCCAUUUACGGGAAGGAACAACAAAAAGAACCUUUGGCCGAUUGCUGUCUGUUCUGACUAAGACACAGUUCCGGCAAAUAACCGUAAAUACUGUAGAUAACUGAGUAGCUGCACAAAUAAAUAAUCUAGUGUUUAUGUUUUGUAUCAGAGAGAGUGCGGGUACAAAGCAAACGCUUACAAUUUUUUUUAAUUCCACCGUUACACAUGUUUAUGCAUUUCUUAAAUGUAAGGAUAAAUCAUGUGUAGACAUGCAAUGGUGUUGUGCACAUGUACGUGGACCGCAACGGUCCAAGUCUUUAAAUAAACACAAUCGCAGCCCAUUCGCUGCUGAUCCCCAAUGAAGCGAGAGCUGUGUCAGUGUGUGAGUGAUGAGCUCAGCCGCAAACACCUCCCUGCGAUCCAGCUCCACAUGGGCCACAAAUUGUUUCAAAAACCACUGACGUAGGCUGCCAUUCAUUCCCUUCCACAUGGGCGAACCCAUUCUCAUGGAGGCGGGGAGGGGGGUGAUGAGGAAACACAGAAAUGUAAUCUCUCGGCUACGAUAAAUCUCAGCAGCUCAUUCACGUCCUGGGACGCCUGGAAAUUGGUGAUAUGAAGCAAAACACUCCACUUUCAACCAAUUGUACCGAAUGAACUGUCCGGAGGGGAGAGCGAUGUCUUGUUGUUCACCCCUCUCCUUGGCUCGAAGGAUGGUUGUUUCCGAGUUGACGUCAUCCUUUGUUUACACCUGAAAGCCCGCGGCUCUGGGAUCGGGACUCGGACCGAACUCUGCAACGCUGCUGCCUCAACAUUAACACCUCCCUGCCCCCCUCUUCUUUAAACACAGCCCCGGGGACCGCCGUUACAAUCCAUUCAUUCUUCAAAUUGGCACUUUUGUUUCCCACACACCCCUCCCGUCAACAAAAGAAAAAAAAAUAACACACCACCAUGUUAGCAGGUACAAGCUAAUGAGUUCGACCGAAAGAGAAACGAGACAGAAAGAAAGAGCAUUAUCCACCACCGGCAGCACAGAGACAACGGGCAAGAUCAAGAUGCCGAGGCGCAGGGAGAGCUUCCUCCUGCUCGAACAGGCCGUCACGGCCGACUCGAAGGAGAUCGACGCUUUAGUGGCUAAAAUCGGGGAGACGUUGCAGUUCCAGCGGAUGCCCCACGGUACGAAACAGCAGCAGCAGCAGCAACAACAGCAGCACCAGCAGCAGCAGAGUCAGCAACUCCAGUACCAGCAGCGGCUGUACCCCCAACACCAGCAGGAGCCCCGCGUCUCCGCCAAGUGCGGCCUGUGUUGUAUCGAGCGCUGGAAGGUGCCCAGUCGCAACAAGCCGUACAGCGUGCCGCACCGGCUCCGGGAGGCGGCGGCCAACCCAGCCAAGAGCAGCCAGCACACCAUGCGCCCGUCCCCGGAGUGCGGUCCGCGGCAGCCCGCUCACCAGAAACUCGAGCAGCUCUUGUCCUCCGGCAAUCUGAUCAAAGAGGCGGUGAGGCGCCUCCACAGCCGGCACCACUAUGCACACAUCUACUCCGAAAAGCUCACUCUGUAGCGGAGAAGACAUUGGCAACAAUCACCCACCCCCCACCCCGGGCUUGUGGGGGUGGGGGUGGUGCAGGAUACAACCGGAGGAGACAGAAAGGGUGAAGAGAGAAAUAAAUCUACAAUUUAAAACCCCGAUCAUUUCUUUAUUAGCAACCGUGGCUGACUAUAAAAUAGAACACUUCGAAACGAUCACAACUCGAAUUGAUGCAGGACUACGGUGUGAAAUUUGAAAGCUUAUUUUUUAUAUAUAAAAUGUUUUGUCUUAAAGCACUGUAUGAUAUUCUUAGGGAGGUUAAUAAAACCCUUGGGAUCCACUUUUGCACCAGUCCUCUGACUACAGAGUUUUUUUUAAACAAACGAUCCAAAACACAAAAGGUGGAUAUUGACUUUUUUUUGGAACGGGUAUUCCUGAGGUUACACAACAUAUGUUUACAGCAGAGAAUCGCACUGGUGUCUGGUGCUUGUUUCUUUGAAGUCAAGGCACCACAAGGUCGUUAUCAUGCCGACCUGGAUUUGUUUUUUUUUUGGUUUCUCUUUGGACUCCGUGUUUUGAUUGACCGUUUCCACAAAUGUUUGAAUUCCCCAAACCGUUUUAUCAGCGUUGAACUGAAUAACACAUGGCAGCUGAGACGAGACAACCCCUCAUUCCAACUGUAGACACUGUACACCAGGAAUUCCGCGAACUGUUUACAGUACGUGUCGUACCCCACGGGCUUUGGGACCUGGUAUAAUGGACAAGUAGGGUUAAGUUCGCUGUUAUUUAAUAGUCAUUUAAUUUUAGCCACAAUCAAUACGUGUAUACUUCGUAACGGAGUAUUUUGUUGUUCCUGUUAUUCAGGAAUUGAUAUGUUGAAUAAAAUAAUGCAGUUAAACCACAA